AUGCAGGGAAGGACGUGCCAAAGACGAUGGCUUGCGCCUGGACUUUUCGACUUCAAGAAACGCGGCGAAAAACGCAACCGGACCUGUAGGGAGUGCGCGGCGAAAAGAAAGGAAAUAAACGCCAUCAGCAACCCCAUCAACAACCCCAUCAACAACCCCAUCAACAACCCCAUCAACAACCCCAUCAACAACCCCAUCAACAACCCGAUCAACAACCCCAUCUACAACGCCCAGACAUCAGAGAGAACGAGGCAGAAAGCGAUCGAGUACGAAAGGGAAACGCUCGGCGACGAGCACGACCUCAGUCCCAAGGCCUUACAAGCGCACGGCAAGGCGGCCAUUAGUCGUGCCGAAGAGUUGUUUGCGGACUACGACGUGACGUACCCGAACGGCUACGCGGUCCAGAUCUACGGCGCGAGCACUGGCUCUCAGGGUUUUAGCGUCAAGGAGGAGGGCGUCAAUCAGUUAAGGCAGCGGGGCUAUAAGUCGGCGACGAUCAUCGAUGCCACGGGGUACGCCCCCCCCGUGGCUCUCACGAGGGCGUGGGGCCCGGGCGGCGUGAGCGUGUACAACUGCGGCUCGUCCAAGGUGAUCAGCCGCACGGUGGAGACGGCGUUGCAUAAGCACUUCUGGCCGAUUUGCGACGCGUCCGACGGCAAGAUGCUCCGGCUCUGGCGCGCGUGCGGAGCGGGCGCGCCCCAGGGCAUCGGCCCGUACCACGUCUGCAUCCGCAUCAUGCCGCUGCCCAUGCCGCACGGCUGGCGCCGCGGCUUCUAAAGGGCGGGCGCACAAGGUGCUCCUUGUUCCCCGCCCCCUGCAUAAGGCAGCUCUUCUAGGACGAUGAACGAAGGACCCUAUCUCUCAGCUAAACCGACCGCGUCCCCGCGCCGCCGAUGUGCUUGAAACACGGCCGCAAAACCCUCGGUCGCGCGGGCGGUUGGUGGGCGCUUCCACGCGCUCCGUGCGACUCCUCGCCGGCGCAGUCGUGCCGCAAGAACACUUGUCGAUUCCCAGUGUCGGGUUUUGCGGCGCCAUCAUAUGAGUUGCGGCGCCAAAAUCCUGCACGUGUCGCCUCUCGAGAGGCAUAGCCAGCGCCGCACGCGGGACGCACCAGCGGCGCGGCGCGCGCGAUGGCGGCGCGCGGCCUGCUCCUCGCGGCCGCGGCCCUCGCCCCAGCCCGCGCCAAGGUCGUCACGGGCGAGGCGCGGCUGACGGGCGAGUUCACGGAGCACGACGUCGUCAAGUUCGCCUUCCGCGUCGGCCGCGGCAGCGCGGCGCUGACGGUCUGGACGGAGGAGGGCGACGACUACGCGUCGGACGAGCUCAAAGCGUACGCGUACCUCGACGACGACUGGGACAAGGUACUGAGGGCGACGACCUGCGACGAGAAGGUGAAAUUAGCAAGGUGGUCGGCGCCCGUCGACCUGCGCAAGGACAAUGCGUUGGAUGCGGAGUGGGCGCCGUGGCGGCCGCCGGCCUCCUCGAAGUUCUGGGCCCACCGGCGGGCCAUGACGUCCAGCAUACGCACGCACGUCUGGUACUUCACGCUCGCGGACUGCUCGCUGGAGCGGUACCUGCACCCCGUGCCCGCCGUGCAUUAUAGGGCCGAGAUGCGCGACGGCGACUCGCACCUGCCCGUCGACGAGAAUGGGUUAAGACCCCUGCACUUCUUCAACAUGGUGACCGCAUUCGUUCUCGUCUACGCCGUGGGCAAGCGCAUCGCCCUCGCGGCGGCCGGCCGCGCGAAGAAGGGCGACGGCGACCGCGACGUCCACGCCGCGGAGGUCCUACUGUGCGCGGCCGCGGCCUGCGACGCGCUCUCGAGCUUCUUCGAGCUGCGCCACCUCGCGGCCUACGCGUCGAACGGCGUCGGCUCCCAUUUUUCGGAUGCGCUCUCGGCCUACUUCGAGGCGCUCUGCGACGCGCUGCUCGCGGCAUUAACCUUGUGCAUCGCGGCGGGCUGGACGCUGGCCUCGAGGCUGGGCGACGACGAGAAGGCGGGCCGCGGGCCGCUGCGCGACGAGACGCCGGCCGAGAAGGCGGCCUCGGCCGUCGCGCCGCUCGCGCGGCUGCUGCGGGCGCCCGGCGUCGAGGCGUCGUCCGGGCUACUGGGCUGGAUCACGUUACACCUCGUGCUGGCGCAGUGGAGCCGCUGGGAGGGCGACGACUUCGACAGCUUCCACGACUUCGAGCACUGGCCGGGCAAGCUCGUCGUCGUGGUCCGCGUCGUCCUGUUCCUCGUCUUGAUCCCCGUGGCCCUGCGCACGCAGGCCUGCGCCGGCCACCGGCUGCGGCGCUUCUACGUCGGCUGGGCGGCCGUCGGCGGGGCCUGGGCGCUGAGCCUGCCCCUCGUCACGUUCGUCGCGGCGUCGCUGCCGCCCUACACGCGCCACCGCACGGUGCAGUGGGUCUGCUCGCUCGUCCAGACGGCGGCCCUCGUGCUGUACGCGCUGCUCUUCGCGGGCCGGGCGAACCGCGCGUUCCGGGAGGCGUCGACGGUCGGCGACGGCGGGGCCAACCUCGACUUCGGGUCGAGCCUCCCGCGGCGCGGCGGCGCGAAGCUGCGCUUCGGGGGCGUCAAGGUGCGCGUGGACUAA